UUCAGGUAGAUGCUCAACAACUGCGUCUCCUCAUCACAUCAUCAUCAUCAUCAUCAUCCCUCCGGAGUCAGUUUGUGAAACUCGAGCCGCGAUGGGUCGCAAGGAGAUCAACUGCAGCUGGAAGAAGAUCACCAGCAACAUCAAGGACAUCUUUGACUUCAAGGAGGUUCUGGGAUCGGGCUCGUUUUCUGAGGUCUACCUGGUGAGAGAGAGAAAGACCGGGAACUUCUACGCCCUGAAGUGUGUGAAGAAAAAACAGCUGCACCACUCCAACCUUGAGAACGAGAUCAAGGUGCUGAAGAGGAUAAAGCAUGAUAAUGUGGUUGCAUUGGAAGAUUUCUACGAGACGAGAACACACUAUUACUUGGUCAUGGAGCUGGUGUCGGGCGGAGAGCUGUUUGACCGUAUUCUGGAUCGAGGUGUUUUCACGGAAAAAGACGCCAGCCGUGUGAUCAAACAGGUCCUGGAGGCCGUUUCCUACCUGCACCAGAACAGCAUCGUCCACAGAGACCUGAAGCCGGAGAACCUUCUGUACUACAGUCCAGAGGAGAACGCCAAGAUCAUGAUCAGUGACUUCGGUCUGUCGAAGAUGGCGGAUCACGGCGUGAUGUCCACGGCCUGUGGAACACCGGGAUAUGUUGCUCCGGAGGUUCUGGCUCAGAAACCGUACAGUAAAGCGGUGGAUUGCUGGUCUAUCGGCGUCAUAACGUACAUUCUGUUGAGCGGAUACCCGCCAUUUUACGAGGAGAAUGAAACGCGCCUUUUCUCCAAGAUCAUGAAGGCAGAAUAUGCGUUUCACUCGCCGUACUGGGACGACAUCUCCGAGUCAGCAAAGGACUUUAUCAGGCACAUGCUGGAGAAAAACCCUAAUAAACGCUUCACAACGGAACAAGCACUCGGCCAUCCAUGGAUAAUUGGAGACACGGCGCACAAUGACAAUAUUAUUCAGUCCGUCUGUGAGCAGAUGCAGAAGAACUUCGCCAAAUCCAAGUGGAAGCGAGCCAUUAACGUGACGGUGGCUGUCAGUCACAUGCGGCGUCUUCAGUUCGCUCACGCUGACCCUGAGGUCAUGACCCCGAGCCUGACCCCGCCCCCGCUGAUCGAGGUGCUGGACGUCUCGUCUCCAGGCCCCGCCCCCAGCGAGCUGGACACCAACGGGAACCCCUCGUGCAGUCACAUGACCCUGUCGCCUCACGCUGAUGUCAUCAGGGGGCGUGGCCCGCUCAAGGCCUGCAACAGCGAGCCGAUGCACGCGCUGGUCAUCUCUGAGACCGGGCAACACGUGUAUCACUCGGAGUCGGACCUGUGUGCGUCAGACUGCGCCGCUAACAGGUCGGACAGGGUGAUGUGUGGCACAGAUGGGCGUGGCCAGACCCUUCAGACCGGCGUUUGCUCUCUGAUGUAAUCGUCUGACUGACAGCUGUCAAUCAAAUGAAAUCGUGUUUAUCC